UGGAGCCAUUGUAGGUUAAGAUGAGAUAGGUGCGUAAAGUUGGUGGGGUGCGCCGCUCGCUUGUACGCGCCGCUCGCUUGUAAAACACGUUAGCGGUAAGCACAAACUGUUCAACACCGUGGGUGAAAUUGGACGAUUGUUAGAACAAUGACUACGGCAUGCUUUGUUUGAGUAUUCACCUGUGUUCAGGAGAAGGACAAACCUUCGGCUCGCAUCUCGCUGCCAAAGACCCUAUACAUAGAACACAAGGCCAUUGUCGUUGUACAUGACUAUCAAAAACGCAGUACACAAUGUCACAACAUGCCUAAUUGUGCAAACCAUCCGAACCUUCUCUCCACACGAUCGGAUUUUUGCUAUACUGCUAACCAUGGUGCCCAAAACACGAUCAAAAACCGCUCAAACUGGGCCCUCAAGUGCCCCAGCUCCCAAAAAGCCAACUAGGACAGCGAAACCCUCAUCCAAACCGUCCAAACCAGACCCAUCAAAGACCAAACCCGGGCCCACAAAGGUAACCAAAUGCCCCGCCAAAAAGCGCUUCAGAAACGUUCCCCAAGGCGCCGGCGGCACCUUCGCCCUCAGGUUUCCAACCGUGAUAGGCACCACAGCCUGCAACACCUGCCUUGGGCUGUACGUUCCGCUGACCACUAAUAAAUGCUUCGUCGCACACUUUAAUAUCGAGCCGCAGCCUGACGAUGGCGGCGAUCGUGAGCAAGAGCUGGACGACUACGAGGUAGGAGCCGCGUGCUAUCGCGCGGUGGUGAGUAUCACGAAGGAGUUUUUGAAUGAUGCGCAGUGGAAGGGGUGCUGGGGGCCCCUGACGAAGGAUAUGCGGAAAGGGUUGCGGAUGGUGUGCCCGCAUGCAGGGCUCGCAGACACAACGCAUGUUGGGGAUGCGGUGGCGGAGGGGGUGACGGAGUUUUUUGGGAUGACGCAGAGAAGGAGGGGAGAGGGGGAGCUGGUGCCGAGAAGCGUGGAAAAUAUGCUGGUGAGGUAUACGCAGGGGAAGGCGCCCCAGGUUAUUUUUCCCAGUGCGGAGGAACUACGGAAUGAAUGGACAGCGAGAGAUGAAGCUGAAAACGGGAUUUUCGAGACGGCCGGGCUCUUUGAUGAUGGAAGGGUCAAGAAAGGGGGUGAUGAUAGGAAUGAGCCUGAGACGGAGGGACCGUUUAAAGCGCGAGGUACCAGGUGAAAAUAAAUUAUUGUCCAAGUCGGUGUCAAACGGGGUUGUCAAUGUUGUUGGCGAUGGUAGAUGGAGAUUGCCAUCGCAGAUGGAGCCGUGGUUAUAAAGACUACAUAGAACCGGUGACGCAACUCAUCGUGCGCCGAGUACAUAGAUGACAAGCAUGAGUAUUGGAGGUUCACCGGCGCAGCUAUUGAGGAAAGGUCAGCAAAUCUUCUAGCAAUA